AUGAAGUGGGUCGUGUUUUUAUUGGCUUUUUUCCGGGCCGUCCUGGGGGAAGAGGUCGUUCUCGAGACCCCGGUUUACGAGUUGCGUCACCAGUGCAAUGUCGAAGGAAAAUUCCACAACACCAGCGAGCUGUUGGCAGAUGUGCCCUGUAUGAAGUUGCCGAAAUGUUCUGAAGGGGGCGUCAAGCACAACGGACCCCACAAAAUGUCCUUCAAGUUGCGCCUCGAGAGCCUGGAUGAAUUCAGGACGCCCCGCCUCGAGAUCAGCCCCACCACCGAGAUGCUGUACAAUCUGAUUGGCUCGGAGAAUCGAGUCGAAUAUGUGGCGCUGCCGCAGUCGGCGUGUUUUGGCUGCGCCUACCGUAACGUCACCUGGACGAACAGCUAUCGAACGAAGGCACAGUACAACUUUUUCGUCCCGCUCACCUCGAAGCAGCGCCAACGCGGUAACAUGACCAGACAACUGGUUCCUGUGCUCAACAGCAUUCCCUUGCAUAGGAGCACCGAAGGACAGCAAGGUAUCCGCGUAUGGACCUUCGAUCCAGAGGCCUACAAGGCGCCUUCAUUGAAGCAGGUCCUAAAGCUCGACUGUGCCACGGUGACCACCGAAUUCCACGCGCCAAUCCUUGGCAAGCUGGAAGACCGCCGUAUUCGGCCCUGCGGCGCCGCAUGCACAAGAAACGAGACCUGGGACGGGCGCUACGAGAUUACUUUCCCGUUUGGGAUGACAAAGACCUUCUUGAAGCCGAAGGAUGCGACGCCUGGGCUGACGUCUUGUAGGCCGGGCCAUGUCCAGUAUACGUUCCCGAACGCGGCGCUCCGCUUUUCCGACAAAAAUCACUGCGAAAAGGGCCUGGUCUACCAAAUCACAUGGUUCGGCAAGGGGCACGUGACGAUCUCAACGAGCCCAACGAAAAAUAUGUUGAUAUACACCAUACUUUUACUAUUCCACUGCGCUUUUCUGAUUGCACAGAAUACGACGCCGGCCGGGCCGUGCGUCGUCAACAUUUCCACACUGAAUUUGGAGCCCAAGCAUUACAAUGGCUCAUGGUUCGUGGUGGCGAGAAAGGCACCUGUCAGCAAGGACUAUCUGCCGGUUGAUAGCAGCUCCUCGAUGAUGCGCCUUUUGCUGGAUGAUGAGGGGAAUUUGAACAUGACCGAAUAUCACUCGAUCAACGGCACAUGCAUGCCCCCGCUGUCCGGGUUUUGGCGCCGACACGAGAACGCGUUCCAAAUGGAGAUGAGGACGGAAAACGGACAGUUGAUACAGUUGGAAGUGCGCGCGAUUUUCCACGAGCUGUCCGGCGAGAACAACGAGGAGAUGAACAUGGUACUGUACGGAUGUCGUACCAGAGAAUCCGACGGGAAAUGCGUCGCCGGCGAGGAGCUGAUCAGCAUCAUGAGCAAUUCGAGGCACCCGCAGACGUUGCAGCUCUUCAAAUCGGCGAAACACAUCGAGGACUUUGCGUGCAUCGACAUCCUGUUGUUGAACAAAAUGGACACCUACAAUGCAGCCGAGUGUGGCGAUGAGAUUGUGGAUGAGGAUCAGAAGUUACGCCACGCCAAAAUCUGGGAAAACGACGAGUACGUGGACGUGGAGUGCCGCGCCGAGAAUAUGGGGCAGUUUGCCGUGCCGAUCACCGAGUUUUUCGAAGAGCCCCGGAUGCUUACAGUGAUCGCCUUCAAAGACCCGGAGCUGGAGAAGGAGCAAAUAUCUCAUGUGUCCUGUCUUUAUGACUCGAAGACGCACGCCAAGUGCUCGUGGUUAAGGCAACGAACCUGCUUUCAAGCCGAGUUGAACCAAGAAUUCGAAGAGCCGUCCAAAAUCAAGAGCUCCUCCAGGUUUUUGAAGGUCAACGGGACCGAGGUGGAGAUCGAUCUAUCGGGGAUGGUGGUCUGGCAAAACGGAGACGAGUACAUCACGAUGCAAUGCUUGCAAGUGGCAGCCGAUGGCAGUUGUGAUCAGCAUAGGGUUUACGUCUGGUCGGACGAGGACCUAAUGGACCAGCCAACGAUUCGCGAGAUCUACCGUGCCCUCCAGAAUGUUUGCGUCGACCCGACGGAAUUGAUCUUUUUGAACACUUUCCAUGAAUGCGACGAUCAGACGGCAGAGCCCGAAAAGGUUCCGGAAAUCACUUGUGGGCCGCAGCCAAACUGGAGCCCGCUCAACACAUCCUUGCUCCAGGGCGUCUGGUACGUGGCUGCCGACCUCAACGCCGACCCCAAAAUCUUCCUCCAGUCAGCUGUCAUCGAGUUCAGCAGUGUCAAAGACAACCCGGCGGGCCUGUUAAUACGAUACUACGCGCAGAAGGAGUCAGAUCGGGAAUGCGUGGGCCCGGGAGAGGGCUUCGCACGUCUUCUGGAGAAUGGUACGCUGUCGGUGUCGAUCCAGUAUAGCUAUCGUCAGGUGCCGAACUAUAAGAAUACGAUGAAUUUCAUGCUCCAAAUCCUGUACCUCGACAACCAGCGUGCGGUACUUUACUGGUGCUUCCGGAGGGCUGAGAACGGCUCCUGCAUUCAGUACGACGUAGACGUGCUCAUUCGGUCUCGGUUCUUCUCGUACAGCGAUCUCUCCCUGAUCCAACCCUACCUCCACCGCGCCUGCGUCUCUAACAACCGGCUGCGGUGGUUCGAUCUGCACUCUUCCUGUGGCUAUGAGAUGUCGGCUUCAACAAAAUUACGACGUGACAUGGUGACGCUGUCGCAUUCUGAGGUCUUAGACAUCCUCACCAACGUCCAGGAGCCCCAGUGCCAGACCAAACAAAUUCGAGGCCGUCGUGCCCCGCUUCAUCUGGUGGAAAAACCGGGCACGUGGUUCUUGAUGGCACAGUUCGACCAGAUGGCCCGCGACACUUACGCGACGAUAUUCCGGAUACACACCGUCGGCGAGAAGUUCGCCAUCGCCAAGAUGCACCAGAGCGCAGCAAUCCCCGGCGAGGAGACCCUCUGUUUUGAGCGUCUCCUCAUCAUCGAAGAAGUUCUCGGCGAGGACGGCGACUACAGCUACGUGUUGAGCUUUGAUGCCGCCAACCAGGCUUCAACGACUUUCAUCUUCCGCUUCCUGUUCUUUAACCGGAACGUGGCCGUCAUCUACUCGUGCCUGAACUACAAGGAGAAUGGCCACUGCAAGGAGAACGCAAUCUACGUGCUAUCGCGCCACGAGUCGAUCGAUCACGCCGAGUUGACGGUGCUGGAAAAGGUGGCCAAGACGGUGUGCAUCAACCCGGAUAUAUUGUUCCAUACUUCGACUCAUGAUUUCUGCGUCCAGGACCAUCGUCGCAUUUUCCUACCACCACAGUGCGCCGGCAUCGACGCCGUCCCACAAAGCUUCCGGAAACUGCCAGAAGCCGAAUAUUCGAGGCUCUACGACAACAUCCGGUUGUACGCCGUCGCCUCCAGCCGCCAUUUCGAGAACCCGUUCUCGGUCAUCCACCUCAAGGGCGGCGUCUUUACGAGAAACGUGCAACUAGCGGAUGGUAAUUGCAAGGAGGAACACGUUGAAAUCCUAGUCUCCCCUACGAAUCGUUAUUUGUUCCUGGUCCAUAACGUGACGUACCUCGUCGAUCCAUUGGCUCGAAAAGACGAGAUAUUGCUGAAGAAGGCGCAGUUGAGCGGCGCUGAUUUGCCGUGCCUAUUUCCGAUGAAUUAUAACGACACCACCUGCGACCUAGCGACCCCACCAACUUGUGAAACAUCGCCGCCACUUUCAGCCGCCGAGGGGUUGCUCGGCGACUGGAUGCUGUACGCCUCGGACCCAUUUACCGUGGCGAAUAGCCGCUGUAGAGUCGUCGACCACCCCACGGUUGAUGGAGCUCACCAAUUCACGUGUCGAUCGGAGAGCUGGGACGGCAACUGCGAGCGCGUGGAGCUGUUCCAGUUUGCCGUCGACGCUUGGGGCGGCUACCGGUUGACGUCGGAGGUGCCGGCUGUGCACGAGAACUUUGAGAUAUUCCCGAAGGGCAACGUCUCGCUAACCGCCGAUCGUCUCCUGUUCUUCCGCGAGGACCCAGUGGCCGGUCGCCUGUGGUCGGUGUGGAUUCGGACAUCCCCCGGCGCUACCCCCGAUCCGCUGCAGACGACGCCAAAGGACCUCGGGCAGUUCUGCGUCUGGCCGACCCGCACGCAGAUGAGGAGCCUCGAACAGUUGUGU